UCGAGACUUGUCAAAAUAACAAUCAAAUAAUGUUUGGAAAUUUUCUAUUAAAAUUUCAAAUUUUUCAUCUCAUUAUACAACGAAUUUUAGAUUAUUCCAUUAAAAUUCUUUAAAUAAUUUCAAAAAUUAUGUUUCCUUCAAAACAAUUUUUUGGAUUAAAUAUCAAUAACUUAGAACUUUAUCCACGACGUAGAGCCACCGAAUUCUAUUAUGAACCACAACCCUCAGAAGAAUAUCAAAGUCGUCAUAGUGAACAUCCACAGGAUAAAUUGCAAAAUAAAAAUGAGGAAACAAAUAACUGGCAACGUAUAGCGCCUCCUAGAAAUUCGGAUAUGCGUAUGUUUCGUAAUAGUUAUUUUUCGUGAACAACAAGUGAAAAAUUGAAGGAAAACAAUGUAUUUUGGUAUUUAUUCUGUUAACUAAAUUGUUUUAUUAAUUUUAAAUAAAGUAAUAAUGAAAACUUAA